AUGUCGGAAGACCUUUGCAAGUUCUAUCCCACAAAGGAAACAUCGGAUAAAGGAAGUCGUCUGACAGACCUUUGUAUCCGAAAAUCUAGAGCUGUCUGGGAUAUUGCAUUCGAUUAUGACCACCGCCCGGUUCUUCUCUGCUUUAUGGUACGGUUCCAGAAGAGGAGUCGUGAAGUUCAAGAUCAACCGAGACUCGACAUGGCAGAUUUGAAAGCCGAUGAAUGCAGAAAGAAGUUCCGCAAACGGGUGUCGAUCAGUACUGGAUUACGGACCGAGAAGGAAGUGGAUGAUGUGAAGCAUGGUAAACACGACAAAUAUUGGAUUACGAGCUGA